CGAGUUCAUCCUCGGAGAUGAUUACAAAAUGUGCAAGUUCCAUAGACACGGACUUUCUGAGCUAUCUGCAGCUGCAGUAGCCUCGCGGUUGUUGGCUGAAAAUUCUGCGCAGUUUCAUGGAGAAUUCUCGAUGUCAUCAAAGCGUGCAGCGCACGAAGAGUGUCGACAACAUUCUGCCGCAUAAUAUAGGUCUCAUUGUCCCGAUGAGCGCGACGAUCUCCUCGCAUGUGGACUAUCAGAAAACAAUGGAUUGUCCCAAAUGCCACGAGCGAUUGCUCUGUGACUACUGCUGCAGAUACUACAAGGGUGACCCCGUUUUCAAAGCUCCCGGAUGCGAAAAAUGUAAAAAACGCUACGAGAAAGAAAUCGAUGACGCCAAGACGGAGCUUGCAACCCUCCGAAUCACUCUGAGGACCAAGUUCGCUGAGCAGCAGUCGGCCUAUGAACUCGCACAGAGCAGACUCAGCGAGAGGCUGGCGUUCCUCAAACUCCAAGACCCUGACCCUUCCAUGGAGAUCUUCAAAGGAGACGUGGCUUUUGUGGUGCAUGGAUGUGACAUGAUUCAUGCCCAUCGCUUCAUUUUGGCUGGGAAGUCAGCUGUAUUUUGCAGAAUGUUUGACUGUGGGAUGCUGGAAAAAGAGACCGGGCUCAUUCCUAUAGACGAUGCCUCGUACCCGGUGAUGAGGGCAGUGAUCAAUUAUUGUUAUACAGCGGACAUCAAUUUCACAGAUGAAAUCCCUCCUGACGAGGUACUCAAAGUUGCCCAUAAAUACGAAAUCAUUCACCUGAGAGACGUGUGUGCUGAAGAGCUGUGUGGGAGAAUCAGUGAAAAAAAUCUUGCAGAGAUGUUGAGAUUGUCCAAGAGCUAUGACGCUAAGACUCUGCAAGAAGCAUCUGCCAAAUACUUCAAGGAGCACUUUGAUACAGUGUUCUCCACCGUGUUGGAAAACUUAUGACCUCUUCUUCGCAUUUAUCAUCAUGUUCGGCAAAUCGCCUUCUCACUUUUCUUGGGUGUUGUAACAGAUACUACAUCUAGCAUUAGAACACAGCUAGGAAGUGGCACACUAUGGAUAGUCAGUCUACAUGGUCAAGUCAUCCGAUAACUAAGCCACCGCAAGAUCAGUAUCCUGCCAAAUUGUGCACAGAACUGAGGUAGAAAAAUGCGUCUGAAACCUCUAUUGUAUGAAGUCAAAAAGUUCCAAGCUCAGAGUGGGCUUCUUGUAUAUUUAAAACCCUGUCACAUUCUACGAAGCAAGUGAGAUUCUUUGCAUGUGAUACAGGUUUUGUAUGCCACGAAGAGGUGUGCACACAGCCUAACACUUAUCUGACCAUAAAUAAAACCUACUCCGAAGAUUGUACCAUGUCAUGUAUCAAUGUAUCGGACGAUGACUCUAUCUGGUCCAGUGGCAUGUUCA